UUCCCAGCGUCUCUAAGUCAACUAGAAUAAGACAGGCACAAAAGUACAAGAGAACUAGUAGUUGUAACUUUUCGCCGUCGAUAACACCAAGUUUUCUAAGCGUCAGAAGAUUUAAGAUUGGACACAUUGUUAGAAGGACAAAGCCUACUGCAUGGCAGAAAAGGAACCUUGCAAGCAGCAUGAGCUGCGAGUUGUUGUGCUGGGUGCCAAGCGAUCUGGCAAAACCUCUCUGAUCGACAGAAUUCUUGGGUCUGGCGACCAUUCCCCCAGAACCCUUCAGACGAGACAAGGUGAGGUCGGAGGGAGGGCAGUGGUGAUGGUCGACACCGUUGGAUGGUGGAGGAAUUUCAUGUUGGUUGACACAGCAGAGUUUAUCAAACAGAAGCUUCAGCUGAGCGUGUCCAUGUGUCCACCGGGACCCCACGCCUUCCUCUUGACCGUCAUGACUGACAUACCUUUCAACGAGGAUAAUAGGAGAGCCAUAGAAGAACACCUGAGUCUAUUUGGUGAAAACAUCUGGCAGCACACCAUAGUAGUGUUCAUCAGAGGGGGAACUCUGGAGGGUAAAACCGUAGAGGAACACAUUAAGAGUGAGGGGGAGGCUCUGAAGUGGCUAGUGGAGAAAUGUGGGAACAGAUAUUGUGUCUUUGAGAUCAGAAAUAGUGAGAAUGAUCAGGCUUCAAAACUACUAGGACAGAUAGAUACAAUGAUACGGGUUAAUGAUAGGAGGCACUUCCAAGCUGAUGGGAGUACACUACGGGAGGUUGAAGACAAGACAAAAACAGUGACGGAGAAAGCAGCAGACAGGAGGAUGAAUCGAAAAGAAGAAAUGCAAAGACAAGGAAAGGUUUUGCCAAAAUCAGAAAUCACAAUCCUUAUGCUGGGGUGGGUGACUUCCAGAAAAACCACAGCAAAGAAUAUUAUUCUGAACCGUAAAGAAGGUUGUUGCACUGAGAGGACUAAGUCAGCCGAGAUGCACAUUGGAGAGACAGAAGGAGUAAAGUUGUCUGUGGUGGACACCCCUGGCUGGUGGAAGUACUUCCCUGCCCAGGCCACUCCUGCCUGUGUGAAGGAACAGCUCCAGAAAAGUCUGCCACUCGCAUCGCAGACACCACAUGCCAUACUUCUCGCAGUUCCAGCUGAUACAACAUUCCUGGAAGAACAGAGGAAGAUCACAGAAGACAGCAUGAUGAUGUUUGGCGAACAGGUCUGGAGACACACCAUGGUGUUGUUCACAUGCGGAGACCUACUGGCAGAUACUAGUAUCGAGGAGCACAUUGAGAGCGAGGGAGCACCCCUCAAGUGGCUCGUGGAGAAGUGUGGAAACAGAUACCAUGUUUUUGAUGGCAUCAACAGAGGAGAUGGCUCUCAAGUAAGGGAGCUGUUGGAAAAGAUUAAGAAGAUGGAAGCACUGAAUGAAAGUUUUGCCAUGUACCAAGCCAAAGAGGAUUCAACACCGGAAAAUGAAACACUAGGGAAAGUGUUGCAUGAGUUGUGGGAGGAAAAUAAUGUGAUGAUAGCAAAGGAAAUAGAGAUGUCAUGUAAGAAAAGCUUGACUCUGCCACCAAACUGUUCAAACAACAAUGAGAAUCCAGUAGUUGGGACUUGUGACCUGUCAGAGGAAUACAAGCUGGCUUUCAAACGAGAAAUUGCAAGGCAAGAAACAGUUGCUAAGGAAAGGUUUUGGCGGAUGUACCUAUCAGACGAUGACUCAAAGACCUGUGAACAUGAUCUCCAAGCAGAAGAAAAGAUUGAAGGUAUUCGGUACAACUGGACAAGGGAGUGGUGUAGACAACUGGCAAUCAGAACAGAGGGACCAGAUAGAUACUUUCAGCAUACAGGGGACAUAGAGACCAGCUGGUCUUGCCAGCAUCAUGGUGUGAAGAUGGGGGCCUUGGAGACCCCGGUGAAGAAGAGGAAGAUGUCUGUGUAGAACAAAUUUCCAAUUAAAUUCAUGUACGUAAUUCAGUUCAGUUUCUGACAGAAAUGAUCAUACACAUACACUCAUACUCACAUACUGUUUCUGCCAAUGCUUUAGAGAAAGCUUUUCUAAUACUGCAUUUUUGACAAAGGGUGCAGCUUAGUGCGGUAGGAAAGGGGCUGUGUAGAUAUGGACAAUUCAGGGGCGAAUGGAGAAUGGUAUUUGAUGGAGAGUGAACCAAUGGAGCUAAGGGGCUAAUGGAGAACUAUGACAUGAUAAGUGUUGGGAUGAGGGAAUUCAGUAUACUGCUUUCCCCCCUGGGUGCUCCCUGCCAAUUUCAUUGUAG